AUGAAUAUUCACAAUUUAUUCCGUUUUAUAAACCGACCCUUAGUAAUAAGUAACAUCUGUAAAAGACAUAAAGGCUAUAAAGUUGUGCAACGUCCAGAUCCAAAAACUUUAAAAAUGCCUAACUUAGCCGAAGCACCGAGUAUAAUGGAUAUAAUUAAAGAGAAAAUACGCUUAAAUGGUCCUAUUACAGUAGCAGAAUACAUGCACAUUGUAAUCACAAACCCAACAGAAGGAUAUUAUAUGAAAAAAGAUGUUAUUGGACAAACCGGAGAUUUCGUUACUUCACCAGAAAUAAGCCAAUUAUUUGGAGAGAUAUUAGCCGUCUGGUUUUACGCUGAAACACAGAAGAUGGGUUCCGGAAAGCCACUUCAAAUUGUUGAACUUGGCCCUGGAAAUGGGACAUUAUUAAUAGAUUUUUUGAGGGUCCUACAUCGUUAUGGAUACAGAUCCUCAGAUUUGAGUUUACAUUUAGUAGAAAUAUCAUCAACUAUGCUACAGAUGCAGGCUAAUAGAUUGUGUGUUUCACAUAGAGAUACUGGCAUUGAUAUGCCUCACAACCAUGAGGGUGAAACUGCCGGUGGUAUUAAAAUUUAUUGGUACAAUGAUUUAAAGAAGGUUCCAAAUAAUUUUUCUUGGUACAUAGCUCAUGAAUUUUUUGAUGUUCUGCCCAUUCAUAAAUUUGAACAUACAGAAAAGGGCUGGAGAGAAAUUCUCAUAGAUAUAGAUGAAGCAGGAAAACUACAAUAUAGAAUAUCUGCUAAUGAGACACAAUCGGUUAAAGUUUUGGUGAGGCCACCAUUAGAUGCUGGCGAUAGAAUGCAUGUAGAAGUUAGCCCAAGAGGACUCGGUAUCGCUCGGCAACUGGCUACAAGAGUUGACCAAUAUGGAGGACUUGCACUUAUUGCAGAUUAUGGUCAUGAUGGAGAGAAAGAAGAUACAUUUAGGGCCUUCCACAAGCACAAAGUUGUUGAUCCUCUAGAAAACCCUGGAUUAUCAGAUCUUACCGCUGAUGUCGAUUUCAGUCAAUUAAGGAUAGCUGCUUCUAUGAAACCUGGGGAAGAAAACUACGCUAUUGUAAUGGGACCAGUAAAACAGAUGCAAUUUUUGGAGAGAUUACAAGCUGAAAUCAGAUUACAAAUGUUAAUUGACAGUGCUGACACAGAUGAAGCUAAGGAAAAAGUAAGAGCCGCCUACAACAUGCUUGUGGACCCAAAGCAAAUGGGGGAGAGAUUCAAGUUUAUGGCGUUUUAUCCUUCUGCAAUGUCUAAAAUCUUGGAUAAAUAUCCGCCAUUAGGAUUCUCAACUCUCAAAUAA